AGGGCUCUGUUGGCAGGGUGGUGUCAGCGUGUAUAAAAGCUCACAGCUGAGAGGCACACAGCACGCCAGGAAAACCUUUUCAGAGAGGCAACAGGGUUCUCCUUCUGCAGCCAGCAGCUCCUCGCUCCAGCAGCACUCCUCCACCGCCAAAACACAGCACCAUGACUGAGAGACGUAUUCCUUUCACCCUGAUGCGCACCCCCAGCUGGGACCCCUUCAGGGACUGGCACCAGAACAGCCGCAUCUUCGACCAGGCCUUCGGUAUGCCCGCUCUGCCUGAAGACUUUGCCUCAUUCCCCAGCACCCAGUGGCCAGGGUACCUGCGGCCUUCCAUCCUGGCCCCAGAGAUCUCCUCCAUGAUGCCCCACACUCCGAUGAUGCCCCACACUCCGAUGAUGCCCUCCAUGAUGUACCCAAACGCCAUGAUGGCCCAGCAGGCUCGUGCCCUGUCCCGCCAGAUGAGCAGCGGCAUGUCAGAGAUCAAGCAGACCCAAGACAACUGGAAGGUGUCCCUGGACGUGAACCACUUCUCACCUGAGGAGCUGGUGGUCAAAACCAAGGACGGCGUGGUGGAGAUCACAGGGAAGCAUGAGGAGAGGAAGGACGAGCAUGGCUUUGUGUCAAGAUGCUUCACCAGGAAGUACACCCUCCCUGCCACAGCUAACGUUGAGAAAGUGACCUCCUCUCUGUCUCCUGAGGGGGUGCUGACUGUGGAGGCCCCCCUCACGGUUCCUGCCAUCCAGUCCUCUGGGACCACAAUCCCCGUCAACAUGGACAACAAAGGCGUGGUGAAGAAGUAAAAAGAGAAACAACACUGUGUCUCCCAGUCAACAAACACAAAUUCAAUCCACCACAUGCUUCUAGAUCAUCUGUCGUCCUAAAGCACAUGACAGAGAGAGCAGAGCAGGGGAUUGCCCCGUCUCCCCUCUCUCUCCCUCUCCUCGGUCUCUGGUAAUGAGCCGACCCCAGCUGAGUGCACAGAGUAAACACAUCUGCAGUAGAGGCAUGCUCCUGCUCUAUCUGCUGUAAUUACACUCAUCAUCUCAAGACUAAGCUUAAGAUUUAUUUCCUUUUUUCCCCCACUAUUCCUCACUCUUACAUACACCUGUCUGAUUUCUGCUGAGUAAAUCUGCACAUGCUGCCUCUCCAGACUUCACAGCACACUGUAAAAGCAGAUAUCCUGUAAAUGAAUGAACCAAAGUCUCAGGAGAGUACACAGACACUCCACCUCUGGAAUGUGUGAUGAUCUCUCUGGACUGGUUUUUCCUUAUGAAACAAGCUCUGCUGGCAUGCAAACACAAAAUAAAGACUGAAAAAUAAA